AGCUUGCAGUUGCACCGUCACGCUAGGAGGUCAAGGUUGUCGGCGACGUCGACCAGGACGCGCUGCGCCACCGCCCCGCGAAGCGCUUAGCGGUCGCUGAGUUUCGAACAAUCGAUCCUUUCACCUCCCUCUCCUCCUCCUCCGAUUGAAGUGAUGGUGAACAUCGACAUUGUCGCCCAGCUUUUCGCAUCUUGCAUGAAGGACCCGGCGCGUCCAAAGGGCUGCGCAAGAGCUCUCUGCGGCUGCCUUCACCUAUUGGAUGGGGAAGGCAAAGACGACCGCUUCGCGCUAUUCGAACGCUACUUCAGGCCCAACGACGAACACUACGAGCAUCUCCGCAAGACAUACCCUGAGUACUUGAGCGCAUGUGCUGCCUUCCUGAGCCAGCCACGCUCGACUCAGGAUGAAGAGGAACUUGAAGUCUCUUUGCAGAGGUGCUCAUGCUCAGCCAUAGGCACAUUGGGCCGCGAUCAGAGGGUGAUGCUGGGUUGGCUGCAUACUUUUGAGGUCGCUCACAAGUUUGCCCUCGACGAUUUCAUUCAAGCGCUCGUUCGUCACUUAGCCGGCAUACUCCACAAUGCAGUCAAAACAAAGACUGUUGGCGGUGUCUCUGCCAAGAGCGGCCUCAAACGGAACCGCAAAAAGCACGCCGGAAGUCCUCUGUGGCCCGUGGAUGCUAGCCAGCUUCUUCCUCACGGCCUGGAGCAGUCAAUGAAAGGCUACGCCGAUUCCUUCCGCUGGUGCCCACCUGACAGGUUUCAUGACGGCCUUUCGCUCGUCGGCAAUCUUCUUUCCAUCUGCGGCCGAUCCAUGAUUCCCCAUCUGCUCCAGUUCCUCCCCGAUAUGCCGUUAAGAGUCACCGGCCUAACUACUUCUCUUUGCCAAGAGCGCAUGGCGACACUUGGGGCACCUGUCGAUUUUGAAGUGGAACGCAGCUGGGCGUGCACCUUCCUCGUUCUCAUGGACUUUUGCAGAACCAUCAUGAACCUCGGGGAAUGGAAUCCAGCCGACAUCUCGCUGUUCGUUCGCGUGGCUGCACCGUACAAGGGCUCGAUGAAGAGCCUCGGCCUCCUCUUCGUGUGCGACACCAUUCUCAAUCACCUGCCGCCUUUCCGAGAGGGUACCACUCUCUUUGACGACAAGCCUUUUGGCGAGCUCGCCGUCUUCUUCGCUCGCUUCGGCGCAAUGUUUUAUUCUCACAGACCACCCGACGACACUACCGUCUACCACGAGGCAAUCCUCCACCUACACGCGCAACUAACCGACAGCUUUUCGGACCCUGUCCAAGUCGCAUGGGAGGGGUUUGCCUGGCUUUCCACGAUACGUCGCUGCUGCGCGCCGGGAUGCCCCAAGACGUUUGCCUCUGCCCAGCGGACGUUCGCUCGAUGUGCAGGCUGCGGCGUCCCACGCUACUGCUCGCGCGAAUGCCAGAAACAUGCCUGGAAAGACGCGGCGUUUCCGCACAAGGACGUUUGCGCGAAGCUGCGCGCUUUCAAGGAGAGGACGAACCUCGGGAUGAAAGACCAUGCCCUGACUGAAAGCGAGCGCCAGCUAUUCAUCGACGCGUGCAGAGCGGAUGAAGAGCUCACGACGCUCGCUCAGGAGUGUGGGGCACAUUUGUGGGACAUGAGGAAGGCGCGUGGGGACGAAUCUGUACCAGAGGCAUUUGGGGCAUUUCAAGCACGUCUAGCGACCAGAGGUGAUUCAACCACCACGACGAAAUGACCCCUUUACCCACUGUCUCGUAACUGAUGUAUGUAUCUUGGCGAUUCUCGUCUUCGACUUGAGCCAAUGCUCGCCAUUGCACUAGACACUUGGACCGCAUAGUAGUAGACGGAUCCUUCUCCGACUCCAGUGGUCCAACAUUGCACCUAGUACUGUUCAUAGGACUAACGUGUAACGAUCUUAAGUAUCUGUAAGCCAUGCCAUCAGCAUUUUACUGACUCG